AUGGAUCCAAGAUUGAUCGUAGCCACUCAAAUUGGAAACAUCGAUGAAUUGUAUGAGGUUAUCCAUGAGAAUCCAUACAUUCUUGAAAUCAUUGAUGGAAUACCUUUCAUCAACACUCCUCUUCAUGUAGCUUCUGCUUCUGGAAACCUUCCUUUAGCCAUGGAAAUGAUGAAUCUAAGGCCAUCUUUUGCUAGAAAACUUAACACGUAUGGGCUAAGUCCAUUGCAUCUGGCUAUAGAAGAAGGUCAAACACGGUUGGUUCUAAAUUUACUCAAGCUUGAUCCUGACCUUGUUCGCCUUCCAGGAAGAGAAGGUACAACGCCGUUUCACCAAGUAGUAAGAAGAGGAGAGACUGAUCUUGUGACAGAGUUUCUAUUAGCUUGUCCUAGCUGCAUUAGAGAUGCAAACGUCAACGGUGAAACCGCUCUACACAUCGCGGUUCUAAACGACAGGUAUGAAGAGCUUGAAACACUCUUACUAUGGGUUCAGAGACUGCGUCAAGCAGACGCUGAAUCGCUAGAGAUGCAAUUUGUAAACAAACGUGAUCAAGACGGUAACACAGCCUUGCAUGUAGCAGCAUAUCAUAACAGGUUCAAGGCAGUAAAGCUGCUGGUAAAAUGUAACGCUGUUAACCUAAACAUUCACAACCAGAGCGGUUUAACCGCUCUAGAUAUCUUACAGAACCAAGGGGAACAUCAAACGAACAGAAACCUCGAAAACAUGGUUCGAAAAUCUGGAGGUAAGACCGGAAACUCUCUGCCAAAACCAAAGAAAGUGACUGAAAUCUUGAGACGUCCGAUAAGUUUCACGGAGCAUUUGUUCACCCUGACAGCACGGUACAGGAACCAGACAUCAGAAGGAACACGAGCUGCGCUUCUAGUGAUAGCCGCACUAAUAAUCACAACUACUUAUCAAACAGCAUUGCAGCCACCAGGUGGUGUAUACCAAGAAAAUGCUGCUGAGGAAAGUAAGAAAAGUGUUGGUACCAUAGUGAUGAAUCAUAAAUAUUUCUAUGUUCUUCGGAAUGUGAACAGUAUGGCUUUUGUUGGUGCGGUUUUCAUGGCGUUUUGUUUGUUACCAGCUGGUGAAGGCUAUGUAUGGUGGUUUAUAUCGAUAGCAGUGCCUUUAUAUGUUUCUUACUUGGUUUCUAUGUCGGUUAUAUCUCCAGAUACAGUAUGGUACUUCUCGACUAGUGCGGUUUCGGUAUUAAUCAUUAUUGCUGUAUACAUGGUUUCUUGCGGUGGAGACGGUCUAAGAAGAAGAUACCUGGAACCACAAGUGAGUUGAUUCUUGAAGGCUUGACAACUUUAGAUUUAGCUAAAGGAGUUGAAUGUAGAUGAACUGAGGUCUGUAGCUUUCAUUUUAUGUAAGAUUUUUUUCCAUGUAAUAAGAAUAUUAACC